AAAGCAAAGAACUUGAAUAAACAAACGUAGUUAACAACAAAUGAUUCACGUAUGUAAUAAUAUAUAUAUGUAGCCCUAAAUGCAUUUUUACACAUUUUUCACACAUAUUUGUAAAUGUGUAAAGAUGUAUUUAAUGUAGAUAAAAUGUGCGAAAAUGAAUAUAGAAGAAAGGAAGAAAACUGUUAUACAAAGCGGAACCUCUUGUGUGUGGUUUUAUUUUCUGGGGAACGUCAAAGACAAACAUGGCGGCGCUCAGUGGCAGUCGUGGGGAUCGACUUAGCGCAUCUACUUUGUUAAAGUCUUCCCUGACUUCUCCGGAGAAAGUCCGUGAAAUUCUCAAUGAGGGAUUGUCUUUGGGAGGCACCGGCGCCACCAGUGGGCGAGGAGAUUUAAAGGUUCUGGAAGACACUGAAAGCAACACUGAAGCACCUUGUGAUGCAACAAACAAAGAAGCUUUUUUCUCCAGGGUGGAAUCUUAUUCAUGUUUGAAAUGGGCAGGCAAACCACACACGCUAUCUCCCCUGAUGUGCGCCAGAUACGGCUGGAUUAAUGUGGGCUGUGAUAUGCUUAAAUGCUCCAGCUGCCAAGCUUUUCUUUGUGCUUCACUACAGCCAUCUCUGGACUAUGAAAAAUAUGAGUCCCGCAUUGCAGAGAUAUCAAAGCAGCUUCAAACGCAGCAUGAAAAAUUUUGUCCUUGGCCCGAUUUUCCCUGUCCAGAGCGCCUCUGGCUGGUUCCAGACUGUGAACCAUCAAACCUUCUCACUGCCUUCUUAGAACGCUUCCACAGUGCUUGUCUUCUUGCUCAGCAGUUGCCAGCCAUGAAACCAGAGCAGCUAAAGUCUAUGUCUUUGACUGAAGAAGUUAUCAGUGUGAUACUGCAACUUGUCGAGGAAGAACAGAAAAGAAAGGGGGAAGCUUUAUGCUCUGAACCUUUAGAUGUGCAGGUGGCUGCAUGCAUUGUUUCUCUCUGCGGGUGGGCAGCGAGUCCGGCUAUGCAGGCGAUGAAUCUGCCUACCCUUACCUGCUCCUACUGCAUGCGCAAAGUGGGCUUGUGGAACUUCCAUCAGAUGGAGGAGGCAGUUGGAGAUAAAGAUGCUCUUCCAAGCCCUGCAAGCCAGACUGUUCGGUCAACCAGUCCUCUUGUAGCAGCAGCAGCAGCAGCACAAGAGGGUCAAGGAGACCAGCCCACAUCUGCCUCACUAAUGCCUCCAACAACUCCAUGUCGUAUGAAGCUCAGGAGCCAGGACUCUACACGCUCUGAACAGGGUGAAGGAGCGUCCCCAGUAGCCUUGCGAUCCCGAAGCAGAGACUCACCAAGCCCCAUUGAAGAACAGUCAAGUCCUUUGUCCAGGGGAAAGAGACCUGCAACUCGCAGCAGAGCCCUAGGGGACAACAUUGGGCCACCUAAACGACUGUGCCUCUCCUCUGAUGAGCCUUUACCCAAAAAUGCAUUUGACCCUCUUGCUCAGCAUAGAGACUGGUGCCCAUGGAUUUCUGGGGGAAAGGAAAAUGUGGAUCCAGGAAUAAUUUCUUUUAAGGAAGGAACAUCAGUGAAUCAACAACAAGGUUGGAAGGCUGCUCUCGAUCUCCUCAUGCCCAUGAAGGAAUCCCCAGAUACAGCAGAAAGCAGUCCAGCACAAGGCGCACGUGACAAGUCAAAGAGAGUAUUUGCCAUUUUUCGUCAGUGGCAGGUCUCCUGUUCACCGUCCCAGCAGAAUAGUUCCAACGAUCGUCGUCACUGAAGUAACACAAUGACCUGUGGUUUUAUUGCAGGAAGGUGUUAAGAGUACCACUGACCCCAGUGUCAUACAAGUGUUAAUAUCACCAUUUUGAGAACUCCAUUUGAUUUAACCUGUAGCCCUCUUGUUAAUUGGUCUUUGAGUUUUAAGAAGAUAUAUGAUUCAAACCAGGCAAACUUCCUCUUAUCCUCAGAGCAGUCAAGCAAUAAAAAAUGAAAUGUGACAAACUGUUGGACCGUACAUUUAAUAUGCUCAAAAUAUCAUUACAAAAGCAAUGUAUUUGCUCCCUUAUGAGACACUACAAUAUGUUUCACUUGGUAAGUUGUUAGGUCUCAAAGUCCUCUCAGUUUGUUCCACUACAGCUGAUGUUUACUGACCAGUUAUAUAGAGGUUUAUUUUGAGUAAAAUACUCAUGACUGUGACUAAAAUAGUGAAUCAUCAUUUUCCAAAACCCAACCAUGUUGUUGUCGCUGUAGAAAAGAAAACAGCCAGCCUGGGGAAAAUUUAAUAUGAUAGACUGAAAACCUGAAAACGUAAUACAG